GUGCAUCAGUGCCGGGAAAGAAGGAGGGAAGAGCAGAAGGCAAAAAGAGGUGCAGAGAGAGGAAAAAGACAGAAAGAAAGAAGGAAGAGCAGCAGUAGGGGGAGAGCGAGAGGACACCGUGGAAAAGGAAAAGGCUGGAGAGAGAAAAUAAGACGUGAUGCCAUGCGGCCACUGAGACGCGGAGACUGGGCUUCGUCUUAAAGCCGAGCGCGCGAGGAGAAACCGGGCAACGUUACUGUGCUGGUGCAAAGGGACAUUGUACGCAUCAUCAUCAUCAUCAUCAUCAUCAUCUCCAUCAUCAUCAUCAUUAACAAGAGCAGCAGCAGAAGCAGCAGCAGCAUCAUCAACCAAAUAUGUCCUUAAGGUCUGUGUGAGAAGAAAUAUUCGGAUUACUUUUACGCACUUCUCCGAACGCUGAACUACUGAACAUCCAAGAAUCCAGAGAGAGAGAGAGAGAGAGAGAGAGAGAGAGAGAGAGAGAGAGAGGACGGACUGGAGCUUCAGACCGGAUCGGAUCAGAUUGGAUUUACCUCUUUAAGAUGCACUUUUUUGGAAUAUCAGUGUGGUUUGCGUUUUCGGCGCUGCUCUGCGCGAACCUCGCGUUUCAGUCCAGCCAGGAGUACUAUGAUUAUGAGCAGGAGGAAGGAGAUGAUGGCAUGGAGCUGUCAGAGCCGGAUCUGGAGGAACAGUUGCGUUCUGCCGGCAGCGUGGACGAGCUGAUGAGGCUCCUCUACCCCAGUUACUGGAACAUCUUAAAGUGCCACUCCAAGCGUACCAUCAGCCCUCGCUUCUCUCACAGAGACCCAGACUCUCACUCGGAGGAGCUCUCCUUCGCCGCCGCCUACUUCAACCUCGAUAUAUUUAAGAGUAUUGAGGCAGAGUGGAGAAAGACCCUGUGUGUGCCACGCGAGGUGUGUUUAGAUGUGGGGAAAGAGUUUGGGGCGGCGACAAACACCUUCUAUAAACCCCCCUGCGUGUCUGUCUACAGAUGUGGAGGCUGCUGCAACAGCGAGGAGCUGCAGUGUAUGAACAUCAGCACCUCGUUCAUCAGCAAAACCCUGUUUGAGAUCACAGUCCCCGUGAAGCAGCCGCCCAAACCGGUCACCAUCAGCUUCGCCAAUCACACCUCAUGCAGCUGUUUGUCCAAGCUGGACGUAUACAGACAGAAACACUCCAUCAUCCGGCGAGCGCUGCCAGAAUGUCAUGUGGCGAAUAAAACAUGCCCGAAGAACCAGAGCUGGAGCAAUGGCUUAUGCAGAUGUGUGUCUCUGCACGACUCACUGUUUCCCCAGCAGCACUCGGACCCGUUUGAGCAGGACCUCUGUGGCCCCAACAAAGAGCUGGACGAGGAAACGUGUCGGUGUGUUUGUCGAAAGGACUUGAGGACGGCGGGCUGCGGGCCUAAACGUCACUUGGACAAGAACACGUGUCAGUGUGUGUGUAAAACUCAACCCAAGUCCUGCAGCCCUCACCACUCCUUCAACAAGGAGACAUGCCAGUGCAGCUGCAACAAAGUGUGUCCCAGCACACACCCGCUCAACCGCACCAAGUGUGCAUGCGAGUGUACCGAGUCUCACAGCAAGUGCUUCCUCCGGGGGAGGAGGUUCCAGCCGGCCACCUGCAGCUGCUACAGGCUGCCGUGUCCCGGAGAUUCGAGGAAGCGUGAAUGCGAGGAGGGUUUUUACUUCAGUGAGGAAGUGUGUCACUGCAUCCCCAAUUACUGGCGGAGACUGGAUUAGCCGAUGCAAAGCUAGCAGCUAACGGAGAUAAAAGAAGUACAGAGAUGCUAACACAAGCAGCCUUCUUGGUGCCUGCUGCUAAUCGGACUCCCUUCGCUAGCAAUGGACUAGCAAAUCAGCGAAUGGGGAAAAAACAAAAUAUAAAAGACAUUCGAUUGUAGCCCCAAAUAUAAGACACACGGGAAGAGAUAACUUUGAACUUUAUAAAAGGCUGGAGCUGUUUUAUUUUCAACAUCUUUGAUUUUUUUUUUACUCAUUAUUUGUCAAAUAUUGAUUAUAUAAUUUAUUGCCACUAAUUUUUUUUUUUUUGUGCAUAGCAAUUUUGAAUCUUCACAAAGGAAAUACACUGUGAUCAAUAUUUUUGUAUCAUGUGAAGUCCAGUAAAAAUAAAUCAAAUAUAAAGUUGUAUUAUAUAUUGUUAACUUAUUUCUAAACUAGAAUAUUAUACAGAAAUAGUACAAAUAAUGCAGAAGUAUUUAAUGUAUUUAGUUAUGAUCUAGCACUAGAACUUCUUUAUCGUCUGAGUUUUUUCUCCAGCGAGAACUCCACUGCAAAAAUAAAGAUAUUUCUUACCAGGAUGGGAAAAUGUAUCAUGGAAAAUGAUCCAGAAAACCCAGUCGAAGCGUCGUCCAGUAAAAUCCUGCACCGUGUCACAAAUAAACAUUUUAUAUUUUGUGCCUAUAUAAAUUGUACCAGUGCAUCAUUCCUUUAAAAAGGCAAAUCAGUGACACACAAUCACACACACACACACUCAG